AUGUCGCUGAGUCAAACUUUUUGGGAUGAGGGUGGAUCUUGGGAGGAAAUUGAGGAGGCUGAAUAUUUGAACUUUGAUUCGGAUUCGGAAAGAACACCGGCACCAAUUAAACCGCCUACUUUAAAGCCAAAGAAUGGAUCCCCAUGUUUCAAAACGAACCAAACUGCAAAUUAUACGAGCAAUGCGGGUGAUUAUGUGAGUUGCAUAUGCCAAGCUCACAAGCAAACUAUAAUCUGGGUGCCUGUCACGCUGAGGAGGUGGAAUUGUACCAAAACACCGGGCACGACGACGACCACGGAAGCUACCACGACUACCGAAGCUACGACAACUACUGGGCCAACUACCACUACUGAAGCUACUACGACGACUGAAGCUACCACGACCACUGAAGCUACUACAACCACUGAAGUUACCACCACUACCGAACCAACCACGACCACUGAAGUUACCACCACUACCGAACCAACCACAACCACUGAAGCCACCACCACUACAGAACCAACCACAACCACUGAAGCUACCACGACCACUGAAGCUACCACCACUACCGAACCAACCACAACCACUGAAGCUACCACCCCUACCGAACCAACCACAACCACUGAAGCUACCACCCCUACCGAACCAACCACAACCACUGAAGCUACCACCACUACCGAACCAACCACAACCACUGAAGCCACCACCACUACCGAACCAACCACAACCACUGAAGCCACCACCACUACCGAACCAACCACAACCACUGAAGCUACCACGACCACUAAAGCCACCACCACUACCGAACCAACCACGACCACUGAAGCUACCACGACCACUGAAGCUACCACCACUACCGAACCAACCACAACCACUGAAGCCACUACCACUACCGAGCCAACCACAACCACUGAAGCUACCACGACCACUGAAGUUACCACGACAACCGAAGCUGCCACGCCCACUGAAGCUACCACCCCUACCGAACCAACCACAACCACUGAAGCCACUACCACUACCACUGAAGCUACCACGACCACUGAAGCUACCACCACUACCGAACCAACCACAACCACUGAAGCUACCACGACCACUGAAGCUACCACCACUACCGAACCAACCACAACCACUGAAGCUACCACCACUACCGAACCAACCACAACCACUGAAGCUACCACGACCACUGAAGUUACCACGACAACCGAAGCUGCCACGCCCACUGAAGCUACCACCACUACCGAACCAACCACAACCACUGAAGGUACCACGAUAACUGAGGUGACCACUACAACCGAACCUAUCACGACCACGGAAGCGAUUUCAACAACUGAAGUCACUACGACUACCGAACCGAUCACGACAACUGAACCAAUUACAACUUCGGACUCAGCCCUUAUUUCUUAA